UAGGGGAAACACCGAUUUUGACAUACACAUCUAGCGUCAGAGUUAUACAUUAGAACAAAAAGGUGGACUAAAAGAAAAGAUAGUUGUUAGAUCAUUCCAUAAAGUUGGUAGAUGGCACGACAAUGAGAAGAUUAAUAGCUACCAUUCUGACACUGUGCAUACUUCACGUAUCGACAGUCGGUACUCUGACCUGUCCUGCUGGUUGGAAUUCUCUUGGAUUGAAAUGUUAUAAAAUGUAUCACCAGACUUUAUCUUAUUGGGAUGCAAAAAAAUAUUGUAAUGAUCAGAAUGCUGACGUCAUUAUGCCGAAAACGGCCGAAGAGAACAAUACGAUGAAAACCCUGAUUGAACAGAUUAAAACUACCAAACCAUAUUAUGGAAUUUGGAUUGGACUUACCGAUCAUGCAUCUGAAAACAACUGGCGUUGGAAUGAUGGAACAAAACUAAAUUCUGCAAAUGCACAUUGGUGGACUGAAAAUAAUGAACCAAAUGGUUUCCGUUAUGAGAAUUGUGGUACAGGAUAUAUAAAGGCGGAAAAAGUUAGAUGGCUUGAUAGCAAGUGUAGAUCGCUAGAUUGGGCAGUUUGUCAAUUGAAAGCUGGAAGAUACAAAGAACCUUGUUCGACAGCAGUAACCAGUUGUUACUCUCCCCUCAUUUGUGCCUCUGGUUUAUGUGAAUGUGAAACACAUUAUUACUACAAUGCAGAUAAUGAUACCUGUAACACAUUUGGAAGAUACAAAGAACAUUGUUCAAUAGCAGUAACUAGUUGUUACUCUCCCCUUAUUUGUGCUUCUGGUUUAUGUGAAUGUGAACCAAAUCAUUUCUACAAGGCAGAUUAUAAUACCUGCAACACAUUUGGAAGAUACACAGAACCCUGUUCGACAGAAGUAAAUAGUUGUUACUCUCCCCUUAUUUGUGCCUCUGAUCUAUGUGAAUGUGAAACGAAUCAUUACUACAAUGAUGAUGAUAAUACCUGUACCAUUAUAAGUACAUACAACGAGGCUUGCUCUACACUAGUUGGAAAUUCCACAUGUUACAAUAAUAUGGUUUGUGUUUCUGAUAUUUGUGAUUGUGAGAUUCCCGCCAUGCAGUAUCAUGAUUCCUAUGAUAAAAGCUGUAAAGCAAUGAGUACAUACAACGAGAAUUGCUCUACACAAGUUGGAGAUGCCUCAUGUUACAAUGAUAUGGUUUGUAAUUCUGGUAUUUGUGAUUGUGAGAUUCCCGCCACGCAGUAUCACGAUCCCUAUGAUAAAAGUUGUAAAGCAAUGAGUACUUACAAUGACAAUUGCACAACACUAGUUGGAGAUUCCACAUGUUACAAUAAUAUGGUUUGUGUUUCUGAUAUUUGUGAUUGUGAGAUUCCAGCCAUGCAGUAUCACGAUCCUUAUGCUAAAAGUUGUGAAGCGAUAAGAACAUACAAAGAGAAUUGCUCUACAUUUGUUGGAGAUUCCACAUGUUUUAAUAAUAUGGUUUGUGUUUCUGGAACUUGUGAUUGCGAGAUUCCCGCCAUGCAGUAUUACGUUUUUUAUGAUAAAAGUUGUAAAACAAGAGCAAAAUAUAAAGAAUCGUGUCAAGCAUUAGAAGAUGGUUCAAAUUGUUACGGCAAUAUGAUUUGUGUGAGUGGUGUGUGUGGUUGUAACACCACCCAGUAUUAUAACCCAAAUGUACAUAGUUGUAAUGAAAUGAGUACUUACAAUGACAAUUGCACAACACUAGUUGGAGAUUCCACAUGUUACAAUAAUAUGGUUUGUGUUUCUGAUAUUUGUGAUUGUGAGAUUCCAGCCAUGCAGUAUCACGAUCCUUAUGCUAAAAGUUGUGAAGCGAUAAGAACAUACAAAGAGAAUUGCUCUACAUCAGUUGGAGAUUCCACAUGUUUUAAUAAUAUGGUUUGUGUUUCUGGAACUUGUGAUUGCGAGAUUCCCGCCAUGCAGUAUUACGUUUUUUAUGAUAAAAGUUGUAAAACAAGAGCAAAAUAUAAAGAAUCGUGUCAAGCAUUAGAAGAUGGUUCAAAUUGUUACGGCAAUAUGAUUUGUGUGAGUGGUGUGUGUGGUUGUAACACCACCCAGUAUUAUAACCCAAAUGUACAUAGUUGUAAUGAAACUGGAAGAUACCUUGACCCCUGUUCAACAGCGGUUAGAAAUAUAAGUUGUUACCCUCCUUUGCUUUGUUCGUCCAGUGUAUGCCAUUGUGAACUGCCAGCAAUGAUGCAUUAUGUUGCCGAUGAUAAUACAUGUAACGACGCUAGUUUCAAUGCGGAGGAGUUCGUUAAUGAUACGAAGGGAUUUGGAAAUAUUGUAGGAGCAACGAUGGAUUCAAUUCAUCAUAUGCAUAUAGAGAUAGAAGAGAAAGAGCAUAUAAUUGAAGAAAUGGUUACAGUUUUAGCUGUGUUACCUACAGAAAACGAAGCUGAAAUGGAAAAUGUAUUAGAGGCUUCGAACCAAAUUUCUAAGGAAGCAGAUGCCUUAACAGAUAACGUUCAGGAUGCACUAUUAAAUGUUAUGGACAAGAUAUCUGAUCAGAUAUCACAUACAGAUGUCAAUAAAAGUGAACCGGGUAAAGUAGAAAAUAUGGUCAAGUCACUUUUUGAUUCGAGUUCCAAUCUUUUGGAUUUGAAUCAUGUACCUGAACGUCAUACUGUAAAAGAAAAGGUUAUAGUAGAGGAUAAAUCUGAAACUGAAACUGAAAAUGUCAAACAUGUAGAAGAAACAGAACCUGAACAAGAAGUUCCAUAUGAAAGCCCAGAAGAACAACAAGAAACACAAGUUAAAGAAACAGAGGCAGAAAUCAAGGCGAGAGAAAAAAAGAUCGAAAGAACAAAGAAGCUCCUUCACACAGUGGAUAUCAUAGCUGAUUCAGCACUUAAAACUCUGUCAGACGAUGAACCCAAGACAAUGGAAUUCUCAACAAAGACUAUGAAUUUAGUAGUUGGAGUUUCCAAAUUAAACAAUUCAACAAAUACUUCAACAGAUAUAAGCACUUCCAGGAAAAUUGGUAACAAAACCGUCACUAGUUCCUUUAAACUACCACCAGAAAUAAAAGAACAACUAAAAGAAGCUAGUAAGAAUGGAUUUAAAUUUCAGAUGCUUUUCUCAGACAAGAAUCCAAGAUCCUGGGACAAGUCGUCUGCAUACAUUAAUUCUCCAAUGAUUUCGCUAAUUCUUAAGGAUUUAAACCAAAAAACACUUGAUGUAACUAAACUACCAAAGCCUAUCAUCAUUGACAUACCUAUUGGAAGAAACGAAAAGUUCAGCGAAUUUAUUUUGAACUCCCAAGAAGAUAACUUCAUACGUCUUAAAGUGAAACAGCCAGCAAACAUGUUUUACAUGUUGAAGCUUAUGACAGACGGUCCACAGUAUAAUAUGUCAGUGAAGAUUGCAAUAGAAUUUCAUAAACAGGUGUCUUUGUCAGAUGCAGAAAAUGGGACGCUCAUUAGUUAUACACAAAUAGCAUUUUUAAAAGAACCUGAAAAGAAAUCGCUAUACUGGAGUAUAGGACUUAUCGUCAACGAUAGAAGGGAUGGGAAUAUUAGUCAGAAUAUAUCUGUUAAAAUUUCCUCGACUGGCAUUAAUUGUCGAUAUUGGAAUAACACUAUCGGAAAAUGGGUACCAGAUGGAUGUCGGGUUUCACCUGUUUCAUCAAGCGAAACACUAGAGUGUGAAGGUGAUCAUCUUACCGAUUUCGCUGGAGGAGUUUUCGUAUUACCGAAUAUUGUGGAUCCAUUUCAAGAUGCUCUACUAUUUCUGACGUUCUUUGACAACCCAGUUGUAGUUACAGUAGUGAUAUUGGUCUGGUUGAUAUAUUUUCUGGGUCUUUACAGGGCAAGGCAAGCUGAUCGGAAGGAUUCAAAUUUUGAUGGUAUAGUGACACCCUUUCCAAGUGAUCCUUCUGACCCGUUUAAAUAUCUUAUGUGCAUUGUCACAGGGUGGCGGUAUGAUGCUAGAACUACAGCAAACGUUUCAUGCUACAUUAAAGGCAACAAUGGACAAAGUGCAAGGCAUUGUUUAAGUAGGACCUCAUCACCACAGGUUUUGUUUACAUCCGGUGGUGAAGACUGGUUUCUAAUUACUUCUUCCUACAAUAUAGGAGACAUGGUGAAUGUAAUUGUUUGGCACGACAACAGUGGUUCCUCGCCAUCAUGGUUUCUUUCCAGAAUUAUUAUACAAGACUUGCAAACUAAAAAAGGUAUUUAAUUUCUACUACGAUAAUUGGCUUGGAAUUCAAAGUGGUACUGCUAAAGUGUGUUUGUCAAUCAAGUCAGGUUAC